AUGCCGACCGAAUUCAUUAGUGUAACUUUCCCUAACGCCUCAACGGAGAUCGCUCCGAUCCCCGGUGCUGGCAUCGACCCGGAAUUCUUGGUCCGCUACGCUAAGACCCUGGACGACUAUGGCUUUAACUACACACUCGUUCCGUAUGGCUCCGACUCAUUCGAUCCCUUCACCAUCGGCGCGACGAUUCUUGCCGUGACCAAGAACGUCAGUGUUAUUAUUGCCCUGCGGCCAAACACCCUCUACCCUACAGUUGCUGCCAAGGCGCUGGCAACACUAGACCAGCUCAGCAAGGGUCGUGUUGUUGUGCACUUCAUCGCCGGCGGCAGUGAUGCCGAACAAGCCAAGGAGGGUGACUUCCUAUCCAAGGACGAGCGUUACGGUCGCCUGGAAGAUUACAUUAAGAUUCUCCGCCGUGCGUGGGAGUCGGAUGCGCCCUUCGACUGGGACAGCCAGUACUACACAUUUAAGGGCUUCACCAACAAGGUCCGCCCUACUAAGGGCACUAUCCCCGUCUCCGUCGGCGGCUCCUCCGCGGAGGCAUACCGCAUCGGCGGCUCCCUCGCUGAUAUAUUCGGACUCUGGGGUGAGCCUCUGAAGGAAACAAAGGAGCAGAUCGACCGCAUCUACGCCGAGUCCGAAAAGGCUGGCCGCAAGGACCGGCCCCGCAUCUGGGUUACCUUCCGUCCCAUCAUCGCCGAGACGGACGAGCUCGCAUGGGCCAAGGCGUACCGCACUCUUGACGCGCUCAAGGGCAAUAUCGCCGCCGGGCAGGGCAAGCCUGGCCAGACGGGCCCGGAACCCCAAAACGUGGGCUCUCAGCGUCUCCUUGAUAUCGCCAAGAAGGGCGAGGUCCAAGAUCGUGCUCUGUGGUACCCCACUGUCACCGCAACCAACGCCCGGGGAGCUUCCACGGCUCUGGUCGGGUCUCCCAAAACCAUCAACGACUCCAUUCUCGACUACAUUGACCUCGGCGCCGAGCUCAUUUCCAUUCGUGGGUAUGACAACCUCAACGACGCUAUCGACUAUGGCCGCUACGUCUUGCCCGGAGUCCGUGAGGAGUUAAAGAAGCGUGAGAACGGAGCGAACGGCGCCAACGGUACCCACUGA